UAUAUCUGCCGCAUGGAAAAGAACAACAUACCCAUUUCCCGCAAUGUUAAAAAUAAUUUUUUUUAUCUCAUUCAUUUCCUCGCACAGUAGGUGGCGGCAAUACACCAAUAGGUUGUAAUAGUCUGUCAUUUAAGCUUGAAAGAAGAAGAAGAAGAAGAAGAAGAAGAAGAAAUAACACACUAGAUAGCUACCAACCAUUGUGUGAAAAUGUCUAAUAUAGAGUUGUUGAGAUUGAUUUUCAACGAACGAUUUAGAGCGUGUCCUAAACUAUUCAGAGCUGUUGAAAAGACCAUAACAGAGUACCAGGAAAAUGUUUCCCCAUCGAAAGAGGAGAACGACUGUGUAAAGAGGCUGCUUGAUUUCAUCCUUCUACCAGAGAUACAGUUACAUAGAGCAGAUCUCCAGAAAACCACAGUCUCUGAAGAGGAGGUUUACCUUGAGCAGAACCAUUGUGAACAAGAAUGUAGCCUCAGUCUGGAGCAGGACUCAAAAUCCACACAGAUUAAAGAGGAACAGGAGGAAUUUAUGACCAGCCAUGGAGAAGAGCCAUUUCAAGAGCUGAAGAAUGAUAAAGACUCUGUAUUCAUUCCUUUCAGUGUGAAAAGCUCAAUAUUUUGGGGGAAUAGGAGUCCUCAGAAGAGGCCCUCCAAAUAAGACUGGAGGCCAUUGUUGGUAAGAUUCAAAAUUGUUUAUCAAAUGUUUUUCUGUGUUGUCUUAUGUGACCUCUGCUGGCAGAUGGUUGAUAAUGGCUUCUAGUUGGUUGUCUCUUGUACUUGUCUUUAUUUUCUAAAAGGGUACAUGGUGGAGAAAUGUGAUUGCAACAAGAAACAGGACCAAGAUACAUAAGUCAAAGCUGAAUGAAGACAAGGCCUCAAAUGAAUUUAAUAAAAUAAAUAUAUUUGCAUAAAUCUUAUUUCUUGUUUGAUAUAACAAGUUAGAAACUUGAGUUAAUAAAAUGUGCACUUGGCAGUUGCAAAGAAAAAGUAAAGAUUAAGAUGGGCAAAAGAACAGGCACUGGACAGAGGAACUCUGCCUAGAAGGCCAGCAUCCCAGAGUCGCAUCUUCACUGUUGACAUUGAGACUGGUGUUUUGCAGGUACUAUUUAAUGAAGCUACCAGUUGAGGACUUGUGGGGCGUCUGUUUUUCAAACUAGACACUAAUGUACUUGUCCUCUUCCUCAGUUGUGCACCGGGGCCUCCCACUCCUCUUUCUAUUUUGGUUAGCACCAGUUUGUGCUGUUCUGUGAAGGGAGUAGUACACAGCGUUGUACCAGAUCUUCAGCUUCUUGGCAAUUUCUCACAUGGAAUAGCCUGAUGAGUUUCAGAAGAAAGUCCUUUGUUUCUGGCCAUUUUGAGCCUUUAAUCAAACCCACAAAUGCUGAUGCUCCAGAUAACCAACUAGUCUAAAGAAGGCCAGUUUUUUCGCUUCUUUUAAUCAGCAAAACAGUUUUCAGCUGUGCUAACAUAAUUGCAAAAGGGUUUUCUAAUGAUCAAUUAGCCUUUUAAAAUUAUAAACUUGGAUUGGCUAACACAAUGUGCCAUUGGAACACAGGAGUGAUGAUUGCUGAUUAUGUCCUAUGUAGAUAGAAAUGUCCUUGUUUUUGACUAAGUGACCCCAAACUUUUGAACGGUAGUGUAAAUCACUACUGGUCAGUAGUGGAUAAAGUACCCAACUGCUAUACUUGAGUAAAAGUCUAAAAGUAUUUGAUUUUAACCAUACUUAACUAUCAAAAGUAAAAGUAUAAAUAAUUUUAAAUUCCAUAUUAGGAAAACCAGAUCAAACAAAUUCUUUUUUUACGGAUAGUCAGGGGCACACUCCAACACUGACAUAAUUUAGGGAAAAUAUAUUGAGUGAAAGUAGUUAAAAAUAUAAAUAGUAAAGUACAGAUAUCCCCAAAAACUACUUAAGUAGCAGUGGAUACACAUCUCAAAAGCAAUCAUUUAGUAAAACCAGUAGGUUUUGUAUAGUAGUGUUGAGUAGUACUUAUUUAUGAGGGAAGGGUAGGGACGACAAAGAUCCCAGAUAGCACUACGCCUUUUCUCAAUUUGAUUUGCUCAACUCCUGCGUCCCCUCUUGCCUCCAUUUGUAAAAGGCAAUCAAGGAGAGGUGGCGAGGAGACUGAAUGUGGACAAUGCGCUUGUAUGAAAUAACUCAACUCAAAUUACGUUUACAGUGGUAGAACCCUGAAUAAAUGUGUAGUCAUAAAAACAUAAGUUAGUUUUGCCAUACAUUUUAUAGAUAAAACUAUAAGUAGCAUAUUGUUUUAAAAUGUGUGCAUGCUAUCCUCCGACCAAAACAAAAGCUGAUUCAGAGGGUGUGUGGCAAAUUUUAAACCACUUCUGUGGAGGACUCAGGAUACACAUGAAUAUCCUCGAUGAUCGGUGGUUAUCGAGAAGGGGACGUCUUCCAUUUGCCUACUAAUGAAUUUACAUCUCCUCGACCACUUAUCGGUUUCUGGGUUACGGAGGAGAGCUGGAGGACAGACUUUUCCCCAAAUGAGAAAAGGCCUUGUGCUUCCUCGGCGGGAGGUAGUGAGGACACGCUUCCGGUCGCCUACUAACUAAUUGACACUACUCGACCACUUAUCGGUUUCCAGGUCACAGAGGAGAGGACUGAGUCGUCAGAGAGGAUGGUCUUUUGACCAAAUGAGAAUCUCCCCAAGUUUAGACAGAGGCUGUCUCCACAGCAGCAGACCCUCAAGUCGACUACUGAUUUAUGGUCUCACGGAUGGACAGCCCUGCGGCCGGGACUCCCUAAAAACGGCACUUUGAUACAGCUACGACUGGAAGUGACUUUGUAGACGGUUAGAAGAGCAUUUUCACUAACCCUAAUCUAAUUCUCCAAACCUGCUGCUUUAAGUUCUAACUUGCUCCGAAAAAGUCGCGUCCGGUUGUAGCUGUAUCGAAGUGGUGUUUUUACGGAAUCUCCUGUGGUUACACUGGAAUACAUCGGUGCACUGACUUUGGUACUGCAAUCAAUUUGAGACUCAAAAGGUUCACUUCUUCAAUGAAAUGGGGAGAAAAUUGUCCAAUGGCGCGGGACAGAUUUUUCCAAGUAUGUUCUGACUGUCAUAUUUCAGGCAUGAUUGCCAUUAGAAAUGUUUUAUUCAUCAGGAAAACCUCCAUUGACCCUCCAUUCAUUCUAUGCUUACUUGAUGCCAUCUAUUUGCACACUGCACGGGAUGACUAUGGCAGAGAGGAAUAAAUUAUGCACACAUAACAUGUAGAAAUACUGCAGGUUUUAUUUACUUGCACAGGGAUCUGUGGUCUGGUAGGGUUGAUUCUGUCAAGGGAUAAUGUGCCAUCUUGUAUUUGCUUCAUUUGGCAUUGAGGUGUCCCUCAGUCUUUGAGAGAGACUUGAUAUG